GGGUAUUUUUUUUAUCAACAAUAGUAUUGUGAGCAUGUUUGGUUUUUGGCAUUUGGGAUGACUUUUGGUUGUUUUGACCCAUUUUAGCAGAUUUGACUGAUCGAACCGCCAAAAAAAGUGUUUGGUAAUUGGCGGCAAGAGUUGGCUGUUUGUGCUUGAAAAGCCAAAAUUUAAAAAGAGACUCGAUGGCGAAGCUUGAGGUAAGAGGUGGAAGAAGGGACGAGUCGGCCUCGCUCUUGACUCGGGCAGUGAACAAAGUGUUUGAGUUCGUUCGUUUCGCCGAGUUCGAGAUCCUCUUCGUCCUCUUCUUCGUCAUCGCAUAUGUAAUAUUCAAAGAUCUGACUUCAAGGCCGGAGUAUAAUCAGAUUCUUGUGAAGAAGCCUGGUGGCCCUGAUUGGUGGCCCUAUUAAGACAAUCCAACGUGGGAUGCAUCAUCGUACGCGCUCUCCUAUACUGGUUUUGCGCGGUUUUCUUCGGGUUGUGCAGCAAGAUCUUCCGCAGUUUUCUUGAAUGUAAAUAGCUACAGCAUUUCUAGCGUGACAGAUUUGCGACACGUUAGAGUCUUGUAAAUUUGUGCUUGUCACGACAUUGCUACAAAAACGAAUGCUGCAAUUAUGAUUGGUGUUUCAGGAACUUGUGGGAUAGUCACUCUUCACAGAAACCUCUUUAACAAUCUCUUUAGUUUUUUUUUUUUAAAUGAUCUUUUAUGUGAGACUUGAGGACAAUGGGCUGAGAAAUUUUU